CCCAGCAUGCAUUGCGCGUAUUAGCAAACAUGCUGGGUAAAAUGAAUGGAAGAAGAUGUUGAUGGUUGUAAACUGGGGAUAAAAUAAACUAGUACCAUAAUUAUCAGUAUGGUAACUUUCUCUUCUGAAAUCAAGCUCUGGUAAAACGGUUCAACUGAGGUAACAAAGUUAUGUCAUGGCGUUCCCUCAGGCCAGACCUCAGGCCCCUCAGCUUCCUCAGCAUCUGCUCAGGACCAUAGACUGCCAGCAAGGUGCUGUCAGGGCCGUUCGCUUCAACGCCGAUGGGAACUACCUGCUGUCUUGUGGCAGUGACAAGUCUCUGAAGCUGUGGAGUGUGAGCCGAGGGACCCUGCUCAAGACGUACAGCGGCCAUGGAUACGAGGUUCUGGACGCCGAUGGUUCCUAUGACAACAGCCAGCUGUGCUCCUGCAGCUCUGAUAAGACAGUGAUCCUGUGGGACGUCGCCACGGGCCAGGUCACACGCAAACUCAGAGGCCACGCUGGGAAAGUCAACUGUGUCCAGUUCAAUGAGGAAGCAACUGUUAUCUUGUCUGGAUCCAUAGACGGGACAGUUCGGUGCUGGGACACCAGGUCCAGAAGAUUUGAGCCCAUCCAGGUUCUUGAUGAGGCUCGCGACGGCAUCAGCAGCCUGAAGGUGGUCCAACAUGAGCUGCUCACCGGGUCGGUGGACGGCAAAGUGAGGCGCUACGACCUGAGAAUGGGACAGCUGCAUGUUGACUUCAUCAGCAGUCCCAUCACCUGUGUAUGUUUCAGUCAGGACGGUCAGUGCACUCUGAGCUCCAGUCUGGAUUCUACAGUCAGACUGCUGGACAAAAGCACUGGAGAAAUGCUGGGAGAGUAUACAGGACACAAGAUGAAGGGCUAUAAGCUGGACUGCUGCCUGUCCAGUAAAGACACCCACGUCCUGAGCUGCUCAGAGGACGGACACGUCUACUGCUGGGACCUGGUGGAAGGAUCUUUGUCCUUGAAACUUCCUGUGGGGAAGGCGGUUGUCCAGUCGCUGUCCUUCCACCCCACGGAGACCUGCCUCCUCACGGCCAUGGAGAGGUGUGUCCAGGUGUGGGGGGCAGAGCCAGAGGAAGAUGCGGUGGCCACAUAGAGCUGGUGAAAGUAGUCAGAAGCCACAUUUACAUGCUGAGAGCAUUCAUUUUUCUAUAAACUUCAAAACCUGGUAAACCCUUGAGUGGCCUGAAAACAUCUCACUGCCACAGUUGGGAUUUGGUUCUAUAAACAUGUAGCUGAAGGUUUGGUACUGGAAUGAUCAGUACUAAGUAAUCAGAGGUGAGCAACACAGAUACAUAGCUGGAUUAUCAGUCUGGCUGUGACUGUUAGCUCACAAAGAUUUAGUUCUGUGGAGAGGAAGGCAAAUGCUGAACAUACCAGCUGACACAAAGAAUUUGAGGAAAAAGAAAGAUGUUGGACUUUGGUGCCCAGAUGUGCAGGCUACAUGAUCUGUAAAUGUGAAUCUAAUUUUAGUCAACUAAAUGAUCUAGGAAGUGGAUUUUUGUGUGUGUGCGAAACAUAUUUUUGUACAAAACCUUAAAUAAACGUUUUACUGUAUAAAUUCAA